AUGCCUGAAAUUGCAGAAAUCGCCCGUGUGGUGCACUACCUUCGCCUGCAUUUGGUCGGAAAAACGAUCAAGUUCGCCAAGGCAAUAGAGGACACUAGUGUAUUUGGCAAAGUUGGGACAUCCGGAGAGGAGGUUGAAAAAGCAUUGACCGGCAGAAAGGUGCUCUCAGCAGGCACGCAGGGCAAAUACUUCUGGCUUGUGCUAGACAAACCACCACAUCCGGUGAUGCAUUUUGGAAUGACCGGAUGGAUGCACAUCAAGGGCGAUCGCACGGCGUACACCAACUACUACAAGAAGAUGAAACCUGAAGAACUGGACGCUUGGCCGCCUAAGCACUGGAAAUUCCACUUGAAAACCGAGCAACCGGCGGUUGAGGUUGCCUUUACCGAUCCCCGGCGAUUUGGUCGCGUCCGUCUGGUGGAUUGCCCAGGCGAAAGCAUCAGAAAGUUCUCGCCACUCGUUGAAAAUGGGCCAGAUCCCGUCGUCGACACGGAUGUUUUCACGAAGGAUUAUCUCCGAGGUAAAAUGCGAUCACGGCGCGUGCCCAUCAAGGCUCUCAUCCUCGACCAGACAGUCAUCAGCGGCGUCGGCAACUGGGUUGGGGACGAAGUUCUCUACCAAGCGAAACUCCAUCCCGAGCAGUAUUGUGACGACUUCAGCGACGAGCAGGUAGACAAGCUGUUUGAGGCUAUUCGAUAUGUGUGUCAAUUUGCCGUUGACAAACUCGGGGACUCGGACCAGUUUCCGCAAGAUUGGUUGUUCCAUUACCGGUGGGGCAAGGGCCAAAAGGGGGCUGCGGGCCAUUUGCCCAACGGUGAGAAGCUUGCUUUCAUUACUGUUGGAGGGAGAACGAGCUGUUACGCGCCCGAGGUCCAGAAAAAGAGCGGUCGCGUUGCCCCAGGGGCCAAGGAAGAGCUUGUGGAAUCCGAUCAAGAAGAACAGAAACCUAAAAAAACCGCGAGGGCGAAAGCAGUCAAAGUUGAGGAUGAAAAGCCCUCGAGCAAGAAGCGGAAGGUCAAGGAAGAGCAGUCGCCGGUGAAAGGGGAUCAACCUCCACCCGAUGGACGUCCGGCGAAGAAAGGAAAGACAACGAAGACGGAUGAGACAGCCACGUCAGACGUUCAAUCAGACGAAACUCAAAAGCGACGUUCGGGAAGACUGCAAAACAAGGCGGCCUGA